AUGAGCGAACUCCAGAGAUCCUUCGCCAAAGCCAAAUUGGCCAAACUUCCAUCCGAGGCCCCAAUGCCGGAAUCAAUGAACGAGGAUGCAUGGGAGGAAGAAUCCUCUACCUCUUCAGUUUCCUCUACGGGUACACUUGUCCCGUCCCCGACACGGCAGCUGUUUGCCCGAGCAGGCCGACGGCAAUCAUCCCAUGCAUCUCUCUCAUGGACAGAUUUCUUCAACCAAGAGCUAUUCUUGUCCGAAGAAGUGGGCAACAUUCACAUCACCCACCAUGUAUAUCUCACUCCACCAACUGAUAAGGGUCCUCUCUUUGUGAUGCACCAUGGAGCUGGCUCAUCAGGUCUUUCCUUUGCCACAUGUACAGAGGAGCUUCGGAAGAUUCUUCCAAAGGCGGGGGUUUUGUCGCUAGAUGCUCGAAGCCAUGGUCGCACUGUUAUGACCCCGAGAGACAGCAAUACAGACGACAAAGCCCCGUCUACUGCUGCUGCUGCUCACAUUGAAGCCUCAGGGGAGACGAAACUUGAUCUCAGCCUGGAGACAUUGAGCCGAGACUUGGUCUACGUAAUCCGCCAGACACAAGCGAAGAUGAAUUGGGAAACACUUCCGGAUAUCAUACUUGUCGGGCACAGCCUGGGUGGUGCGGUGAUCACGGAUGUCGCGAAGAGCGGAGAAUUAGGCCCUCAUCUGCUAGCAUAUGCUGUGUUGGAUGUUGUCGAAGGAUCUGCAAUGGACGCUCUCCAGAGCAUGGAAAUGUACCUCUCUACACGGCCGGUCCGGUUCCCAUCAUUAUCGUCAGGAAUUGAAUGGCAUACUCGCUCUCGUACAAUCCGCAAUACGACGUCCGCGCGGGCUUCCGUUCCGUCACUUCUAUAUGAAGAAACCGAGCCCACCGACCCUGCUCGUCCUUGGCUAUGGCGCACAAAUCUCUCUGCAACGAAGCCCUUUUGGGAGAACUGGUUUGUUGGCUUGAGUCGAAAGUUUCUUGAUGCGCGCGGUGGAAAACUACUAUUGCUUGCUGGAACCGACCGCUUAGACAAAGAGUUGAUGAUUGGCCAGAUGCAAGGUAAAUAUCAACUGCAGGUAUUCCCCGAAGCUGGACAUUUCGUGCAUGAGGACCAGCCUACAAAGACUGCACAAAUAUUGGCGGACUUCUAUAGACGGAAUGAUCGGAGUGCAUUAGUGCUUCCACCGAAGGUUGCUGAUAUGCAGGCAUCAGCCGCAAUGAAGAAAGGAACUGGCGCUUGA